UUUUGAGGCGUUAAAAUAAGGGCGAGGUCAAGGGAAAUUCUGGUUAAAUAAUCGAUUUUUUUCCACCACAAUGACAGACUCGAAGACAGACUCCUCAGCUCGGCAAGGGUCCUUUCCGUACCAUAAAAAUAAUCCACAAUGAAAGCAGACUGUGGGCAGGGAACAGGACAAUGUGUUUGCUCUUAAGUAGAUCUGAAGCUGUCAUCCUGAGCUGUGUUGAGACGACGGCUCAAUCCCUAAACGCCCGGAUGAGAGCAGCAGGCGACAUUGAGGGCAACAUGGUCGCAUGAGACGAGGGCAACCAUUCGGGGGGGACGACAGCCACUGCUGGAAUCCGUGACAUUUUCGACGCAACCCACGGAGAGCGGUUCUAGGAAAAUACAGGCAGAGAUAUAGGCGUGGAGGCGGAGAGGAACGGCACAUUUCCCUUCGUGAGUCCUAUUUCGUUGUACUGUCAUUUUGUCUCUGACAUUCAUUCAUCUCCACCACUUUCUCAUCUUCCACUGAUGUGAGGAGACAUGAAGGUGAAGGAACGUGCAGACCAACUGUCAAGCUCUAAGCUAUGGAAUGCUCCCUGCACCCGCCAUCACUAGUCUCCAAUCUCUGGACUGAGCUCCAAACGCUUAGUUAGCAGCUGUGCUUCUCCCCUCGAACUCUUUAUAACAAGGGGACGAAGAAAAGGAGUGGGCUUACCAAGUCCUCUGCUAAAAACGCACAGAGCACUUCUUUUUUUAGAAUAUUUAAGCUAGUUUUUUAAUUUGGUUUUCUCCGUUUUGGAUUUUUUUCUGGUGAAAUCAUAUCAAGAUGGAUCUGGAACCGUAUCUGUGGAUGGUCAUUGUUGGCUUCAUCAUUGCCUUCAUACUGGCCUUUUCAGUGGGUGCCAAUGAUGUGGCCAAUUCUUUCGGCACAGCGGUGGGGUCCGGUGUGGUCACAUUGAAGCAGGCCUGCAUCCUGGCAUCUAUCUUUGAGACACUGGGCUCGAUGCUGCUGGGGGCCAAAGUGGGUGAGACGAUUCGAAAGGGCAUCAUAGAUGUCAACCUGUACAACGAAACUGUGCCCAUACUCAUGGCAGGGGAGGUCAGCGCCAUGGUCGGGUCAGCAGUCUGGCAGCUAAUCGCCUCCUUCCUCAAAUUGCCAGUCUCUGGGACUCACUGCAUUGUUGGUGCAACCAUCGGCUUCUCCAUGGUGGCCAUCGGCACCAGAGGCGUGCAGUGGAUGCAGCUUGUCAAGAUUGUGGCAUCAUGGUUCAUCUCCCCCUUACUCUCUGGACUCAUGUCCGGACUCCUCUUCAUGCUUAUCAGAUACUUCAUCCUCUGCAAGGAUGACUCUGUCCCUAAUGGCCUGCGAGCACUGCCCCUCUUCUAUGCCACCACAAUUGGGAUCAACACAUUCUCCAUCAUGUACACUGGAGCCCCAUUGCUUGGGUUAGAGAUGCUACCUGUGUGGGCCAUCUUUCUCAUCACUUUAGCUGAGUCGCUGGUCUGUGCAGCUCUAGUCUGGAUAUUUGUCUGUCCCUGGAUGAGGAGGAAAAUAGCAAGUCGUCUAAAGAAGGAGCAGGCUCUGUCCAGGAUCUCUGAUGAGAGCCUGGACAAGAUACCUGAAGAGGAGGAGGAGAGCCCCGUCUUUAAGGAGCUACCAGGGGCCAAAGGCACAGAUGAGGCCGUGUUGCCGCUCACCGGCGGCAGCAGUGAACGGGGCACCCGCGACUCCAGUGGAGAGCUCGCUAACCUCACUAAUGGAGGCUCUGUCCUGCCAAAUGGCAGGGUAUAUGGCCGGACCCACUCAAUGACCAACGGCUGCCUUAAGUCCCCAGUCUCUAAUGGCAGUUUCAGCUUCGAUGGCCACAUGCGCAGCGAUGGACAGGUGUACCACACAGUGCACAAGGACUCAGGUCUGUAUAAAGACCUGCUUCAUAAAAUCCACCUGGGCCGCAUGGAUGACAACGACCGCUCAGGCUCCAACACCGGCCCGGCUGACAACAAUUACCGCCUGCUGCGCCGCAACAACAGCUACACCUGCUACACGGCAGCAAUAUGCGGAAUGCCCGUCCAGCCGCUCAUCCGCACAGAGUCACGCGAGGACAGUGAAAAGCUGGUAGGAGAGGGCGGCGGCAGGAGCAACAGCGUGUCCUACUCCAAAAAGAGAGUACGCUAUGAUAGCUACUCAUCGUACUGUAACGCUGUGGCGGAGGCUGAGAUCGAGGCAGAGGAGGGUGGGGUGGAGAUGAAGCUGGCCACAGAGCUGGAGGGGGUGGAGGAAGAAGGGGCCCCAGCUCCAGUGCCUCUGGACGACUUGGCCGAUGAGGAUCACGAAGAAAAGGAUAAGCCUGAGGUGUUCCUGCUUUUCCACUUCCUGCAGAUCCUCACCGCCUGCUUUGGCUCCUUUGCCCACGGAGGCAAUGAUGUCAGUAAUGCCAUCGGGCCCCUGGUGGCGCUGUGGAUGAUCUAUGAGCAGGGCGGUGUGAUGCAGGACGCUCCCACCCCCGUCUGGCUGCUGUUUUACGGUGGCAUAGGCAUCUGCGCCGGCCUGUGGGUGUGGGGCCGCCGCGUCAUCCAGACCAUGGGGAAAGACCUGACUCCCAUCACCCCCUCAAGUGGAUUCACUAUAGAACUGGCAUCUGCACUCACAGUCGUGUUGGCUUCCAAUAUCGGAAUCCCUGUCAGUACCACACACUGCAAGGUGGGCUCAGUCGUGGCCGUGGGUUGGAUCCGCUCCCAGAAAGCGGUGGACUGGCGCCUCUUCAGGAACAUCUUCCUGGCGUGGUUCGUCACGGUGCCCGUGGCCGGCCUGUUCAGCGCUGCCGUCAUGGCCCUGUUCGUCUACGGCAUCCUGCCCUUCGUCUGAGGCGCUCGGCUCGGAGGGAGAACAGAGGAGGAAGAGAGAGUCAGAGAGAGAGAGGGAAACUUCGGUAAAAAAAUCAUAGCUCAAGUGUCAGGGUUGCAGAUAAAGGAGAAAGAAAUGGAGAGAGGGAAAGGGCAAGGGUGAUGGGUAAGAGAAGGAGAAGAGAGGGAGGAAGUUGCAGAUGGCUUACAGAUGGACUUAGUUGUACUGUGGAUGUGAGGAGGGUUGGUUCAUAUGCUGCCUGGCUCCGUAGUCCAGAGAUCUUUUUGACUCAUUUGAGUUUCUGAUCGGUUUUUAUUUAUUCUCCUUUUGGGUGCAUAAGAAAGUGUGUAACCAUUGUGUUCACUGUACCGUUCAAUCUGCUGUACAUAUGACAGUAAUCGGGAGAUUUCCAGUAACUUUUCACAAGAAUUAUUGUUGUUGGAGAAACAGCGGCAGUUAUUUUCUCUCUUUUCAUUUAAAAAAAACAUUUAUUUAAAAAAAAAAAGACGGCACACGAGUUAAAAUAAUCAAAUAAUUAAUUCCGCACACCUAAACUUACAAACAUACCUGCAGUAAAACUACAUAAUUAUGCCUACAAUCCCAGGUAGCAUAGUUGGUCAAGUACUUAUUAUUAUUGUUCCACAAUGCCAGAAAAAAAACCUGUACAUAUUGUUAUAUUGGAUUAAGUGUGAUUUGUUGUAUUGCGGCUUGCUUUUUUUUUUUUUUUAAAAAGACGAAAAGAUGUGCGUGUGGUCAACCAACCCAUCCAUCAUCUCCCUUUUUAACACGCUAGCCACGUACAACUAGGGCCAAAUGGAAAGGAUGCUUCAGAGAGGGGUGGUGGGACUGUCACUCUGCUUUUUUAUUUUCCACAUGAUACCAUAGAAACCUGAUUUGUUAAAGAGAUGAUUUUUGUCCAGAGCUCCUGUAUGUUUUUAGAGAUGGAUCUCAUAUUUUUUAAUGAUGUAUUAUACUGUAAUUUGUACUGUAAAUACUGUCCUUAAAGAGUUUGGGGGCGGGAAAGGGGAUUUGUUUUUAGCGUCAUAAGGGGCGGCCUCUUCACCUCUUCUUCAAGAUGUCAUAUUACAUAUAGAGUAUGUUUCAUCCUGCAGGCUCAUAGUAGAGUGCACACACACUCGAGGAACACACACACUUGACAGCUGCUGUUUUUCAGAGGUUGGCAGAAGUUUAACGAUUGGAAAACAGUAUUUUAAAUUUAAAGAAAUUAAUCGAACCUGUCCACAACAGAGGAAACUGGAGAUAUUCCAUUCCUUGUGGUUUUAUCGUAUCAGUAAAUUCAACAGUAUUGGCAGACGGUUCAAUGUUUCCUCCUUGAGAAAAUGUUUAGGUGGGUUUCAGAUGGCGAUACUCGAGGGAGGUCGCUCGUUUGAGAGCAUUUUAAGUAGAAUGAGGUUUAGGUGCAGCAGAAGCCAAAACACUAAAACUGAACAGAGACAAAAACACACUAAGGUCCCAUAAAAUGUUCACAUAUCUUCAUCCGUAUGCCUUUGUUUUCAUACAUAAAGCUCAAUUACUGGAGUCAUUUCCUCAAAUUGAAGGCUCCCUGCCAAUGAUUGACCUCUAUACUGUCCAUGUUCGGGUCAUUUCAGAUCUCCCACCGUGUUCGCCGGUCAGAUUAGAUGUCUUAGUCCAGGGUUUUAUCUGUUUUGGUAGCCCUGAACCUGUCUCAUACCCCUCAUGUGACAUAUCUGAGGUUUGUGAGGUAAGUUAAAGCCUUGUCAUGUCAGACAGUGAUUAUGUGUCAUAUCAAACUGUUGUAUUAUAACUCAGCCAGUUAUGCAGAGGUGGAAAGAAAGGGGAUUCAACCCCAGCCACACGUGUAGCUCCUCAAGGCUGGUGUUUUGAAGUGUAGAAGCAUUUAGUCUAUUGAUCAGCUAUGUUUCAAUCUAAGUGCUAAAGGUUAGAUAGAUAUCAUAGGGUCAAGUUGAGGGCUGAAUCGAAGCCCAGCAGGUGUUUUGAGGCCGCUCACGUCACAAAAAUAUCACAAGACUUUUGUCUUAGGAUCAUUAUGUUUGAAUGAGAUGGUAUCGGGGGGGAUAGUACUGAUCAUCACCAGCUUUUUAACAGGGUCACCUGACCUGUAGAUGAACAAAGUCUAAAGCUUUUUUUAUUUGAACAAACUCGAUGCCAGGUGUUGCAAGUUCUUUUCCUUCUUGUGGUGUGUUUCCUAAUUUCAUUUUUAUUUCUCAUGAACAAAUCUAUGCUUAAGUAGCCACUUGCCUUGUAACAUUGUGUUUUACUUUUGUGCAGAUACAGUAAAAUUAUUAAGUACUGUGGUGUUUACAUCGUAACCAUAUUGUAGAGUAUCUGAAAAAAAACUGUUGCCUAAUGAUGCCAAUGAAAGACAAACUAUUAACCAUGAAUUUUUAAGUGCAAGUAAAAAAAAAACCUGAAGUGUCUAGAGAGAGAAAGAGAGCACGAGCAACCGUGCGUGCGAUGACUUUUUGUUUUAGUAGUAGUGCUAAUCGUGAUCCCCGUCACUUUACACUGCUACUACAGUGUGUUAACAGUACAUGUAUGGGUGGAAUUCCGUAAUGAAGAGAAUGACUAGAGAAAUUUCAUCAAGACUAUAUAUUUUUCUACCAUAUCUGAGUUUUAACCUGGGCGAGCUUCCAGACACUUUGGAGGACACACUGUGGGGUUGAUGGGAAAUUGGGAAACAUGGACUAGUUGUUAUAAGAUCAGUGAUACUGAGAAAUGGUCUUAUUACAGGGUGUCUCGCCUCGCUGGUGCCAUGUGCCACACUUCCACUAAACCCAGUGUGUUCCUCUAACAUGUAGAUUGACGUGUCGGUUGCCAAUAGAUCAGAUUUUUAAAUUACCAUUUUUAUUUUUGAAUUUUAGAUGAAAACACUUUGUAAUUUUGUUUCCCUACUGCUUUGAUCAUGAGCUGUGAGAGCAGGACAGCAUCUUGCUAAAACCAGGACGACUGCUCGCUGAAGGCGUAAUGUAGAAGCAAAAUCUCUGUAGUUGGAAAAACUUCCUUGUUUUGGCAAGUAACCACUCUUGAAGCUCAUACCCUUUUACUCUUCCACUGUGUGUUACACAGGGGGCUGCACAGAGCUGGUGUUUUCAAUUUCUGUUUGUAGUCUUGUACAGUAAAGGUGCCAGGAGGAAUUAAAUUGUAAAAAGAAAUCUCAUGAUGCACAAGAGGUCUGGCCUUGUUUCCCAAAACAUGAAAGAUCUACAGCUUGUAGAAGAUGUGUUUCCCCAUUGUCUUUAAGCGAGCAAAUGUAACUAACUGCUGAACAGCAGCCACAAGUGACAACUACGAGAUAGUAGUAAAUGUGCAAAAGGCUUAAAGUAUGCUGUAACAGAAGCAUCAUAUCAGAAGGUCAGACCAGACCAGACCAAGCAAGACUGUAGCAACAAAACUCCUGAGUGUACUGAUUUGAGCAAUAGUGUGUUUUAUUGAUUAUGAACUCAACUUUUAAUUUGUAGGAGAAAGAUUUAGUUUAUUUACUUUCAGAAGUGACAUAAUCUCGCUUUAAUGGGUGAAUUGUCGUUGCUUGAAGGUAAACCCAGUCCACACCUCUUGAACAGAAGACACUAAACUUUACAGGGUGCAUAGUCUCUCACUACAUCGCACACAAUUUACAGUAGUAAACACAUAAAGAUGCACAUUUUCUCAUUUUAAAGAGCAACAAGCUAACUGAACUUCCAAGUUAGCUUCUGUUCCACUAGCUUUCUGUUCUCAAUGUAUUUUACCAUAGAGGGAUUUUUCAUGCGUCUUCAAAAAAAGCUAAAAAAAAAGCUGAUACUUAUUUUGUUCAUGUUCUAAAAUAAAUAGGCAUGUACUACUAUACUAAACAGUAAUAUCUGAGCACAUUAUUUUGUUAGCAUGUAACAACUACAGCUACCAUGAGUCUUAGCCGUAAGUGCACAGUUAAAACCUCAUGAGUAGCUGCUGUUGUUAAAUGACAACAGAAUAUUAUUUAUUUAUUCAUGUUUUAAAUAAAUCCAUGUGUUACUGUAUAGGACAGUAGUAGAAACCCAUUUAAGAUAAAUAUUUCGGCUUUUUAGAGGACUGAUGAAAGGCACUGUAUUGUCUGGCUGCAGCUGGUGGACGUUUGUUGCUCGUGUGUAAUUAAGUAAACAAUUAAAUGAAACUGAAUCCACUUUCCUCAUGUUGGAUUAUGAGGUUUAUUUGUAAAUGGUCUGAGGUCAGCCAGCCCACUUCAGAUAUCUGGUUUGUGUUGUAUCACCGUGCGCUGCAGGCUCUCCUUUGUAACUCACACUGUCAUUUUUGUUUUUCCAUGCAUUCUCAGUCCUGAUAGGCCAAAAGGGAUGCACUGCUCAAGCUGGGGAGGGGAAGUGAAAAUUGUUCUCUGGUGGCAGCGUUAAACAUAUCUGAUAGUAAGGGCUCAAACUUGCCCAUGUCAAAUUUUAUUUAAAAUUGCAUAAAAUAGCUAUUUAUAUAUUAAAGCCCCUGAAAACUUGGUUUUCUCAUCUGUAGGUAUUAUUUAUUACGUUAUUAAGUUAAACACUAAUCAGACAUCAGCAAACAACCCUGUGAUGUCAUCAUGUGUGUAUUCAAAUGUUGCUAAACCCUGAUUGGUGCACGAAAAGAUGUGACAUCACCUUUUUCCAACAGAGCACCGCCCACUUCAAACCAGUGUGGAGAGCGCAGACAGAAACACAAAUACAGAAAUCGCUCUGGUGAAAUAACCAAAAGGGUUCUAAAUUUAUGUUUAUGUAAGAAGCUGAUUGACAAGAUGAGUUUUCAGGGCCUUUAAAUGAGUCAGACAUUGAGUUUAAUUGUUUAGUUUAUAUUGUAUCCUGAGAGCCAAUAAUUCCAAUGAUUGUGCAGGUAAAAUUUGGGAUGAUCUUUUAAAAGAAUCGAUUAGGUAUGAACGCAGCCACUAGAUGGCGGAGUCUGACACUUUCCGUCCCCGUAGAAAGGGACAGCAUUUUAGACCAGUCCAUUUCAACUGAUCAGUAUAAAUCAAUGAAUGGUGUGAUUGCCAUUGAGGGAGUUACUGUGCUUUUAUUGCAUUAUAACUGUUUUGUAGAGAAAAACUAGAGAAACAACGUGCCAUUUCUUUCUCCCUGAAUGUGCAAUACAAGCUGUUUCUUGUGAGGGUGCAACUACCAUUGCUUUCACCCAGUGGUCGUGUUGCUCCACCUGCCCUGGUGUAAUAGCGCCCUCUCCUGUUUAUGGAACUAGCACCACCUCACAGAGGUGGAGGGGCAUCAGUUCAGACCUUCAUCUGGAUGUGGCGUGCUGUCUCUAGUUUUCUGGUCUGUUUUGUAAUAGAAUGUGCUCCUUGGCCGGCCUGCAGGCUUUACAGCUCUGUGUUGUCUUUUUACUGUUUACUGCUAUUUAAAUGUCCGGUCCUUCAAAAGUAAAAAAAAUAAUAAAAAUAAUAACAUUAAUAAAAAAUCAAAAGAAACUGUAGCCUGCUUCUACAAAAUCUUAAAGCUCUUCUGAUUUGCAUAUAUCGUACUGUAAUGUUUUAUUUAAGAUUUUAGUGGAAAAAAUGUCUGCAUUUAAACUAAAUUAUGGGAAUUAAAAUUACAAAGAAUAUCUAAA